AUGAAGCAAGAGACUUCAAAGAACAACCCUAUUCCUGCCACGCGAGCUGGCGCCCCUAAGAGAGCGCCGGAAGCCCCUACGACCGCCACCGGAGCGAAUUACCCAGAAAGGAAAAUGAAGGGACUUGCAUGGUUAGCAGCACUGGAAAAUGGAGGCUUUGGCUUCGGGAAAAGUCCCGAGGAACGGUCACCUCAAGGCUCACACCUUGUCCGCGGAUAUGCUCAGGGGACGGCAGCCAUCGUGCGUACCGACAGGCAGGUACCUUUCUGCGCUAGAGCUAUUUUGGGACAGGCGUGA